AGUACUUUCCUGUCUCUGGCGGAUACAGGUGAUGCAAUUAUCUACGGAUACUAUCGCUGACGAUCUCAUAAACAAGCCGUUUUUGGAGACGACAAAAAAUACGUGCGCUGUUUAUACGAGGUGCUGCUCUGAUACCACAUUUGUCUUCUUUUUGGCAUGUCCACCCCAAAGGAGAAGAAGGUGAAGGUGCGGAACUUCUUUGGUCGCAUAUUUUCGCCAGGGACCAGCAGUGAAAAGGAUCGCGGUGAUUCAAGUGAUGAUUCGAAACCAUCAUCUAGUCUCGAUAUAAGCCAGCCGUACAACACAGUCCAUAGGAUACAUGUAGGCUAUGAUGGACAGAAAUUCAGUGGGCUUCCGGAUACAUGGAUGGACUCCUUACUUAGAGAUAUAAGCGAAGCAGAUCAAAAGAAAAAUCCGAAUGCAGUGGUUACCGCUUUGCGGUUCUACGCUGCAUCUAUGAAAGAAAAGGAGAAAGCUAAAUUCAUGACAACCAACAGUGUCUACAAUGCAAGCGAUGAAGAUUCUGAUGACGUUGAAAUUCAGCUAAAUGGUCAGGUGACUGGCCAUCACACAAUAGCACCCACAUCAUCAAGCAAUGGCCUAUCAAGUGCUUCCGGGUCAAAGGCGGCUGGACUGAGCUUGUCAUCCACUGAAGAUUCCAUAUCCGACCGUGUUGUUCCUUCACCAGCUCCGUCUUUCAAUCAUUCUACAAAUUCAGGUAUUGCUGUACAAGCGAAACGGAAAGAAAGUGCACCACCCGAGCCUGAAUCCAGUCCACCUAAUCCACCUCCUCCACCGAUUCAUCCUCGUUCAACUGUGCGUAAAGAUGUUCCACCUCCUCCGCCACCUCCACCCCCACAGCGAUUAAAGGCAUCCGCCAACGACACUAAUGGACCGCAGCAACCUACUCCUGUCCAUAAGAUUCCUCCCAAGGUUCCACCAAAACCGGCGCAUCUGAAAGCGUCAUCCGCAUGCACUUCACCACCACCGUUCGUCUCGUUAACGUCCUCGGACACGAACUCGAUUGGGCACUCUUUAUCAAAUGGCAGUGUAGCAAGCAACAUUUCGUCAGAAGUAGAAAACCGGUCAUAUUCUGAUAAAGAAAAUGCAACUACAGUCAUUUCCGCAGACAAGCCUAAAGCUGCUCCAGCUGAACCUGAAACGGUCAGAGUACGUUCGCAGCCGAAGGAAAAGAUGACUGAUGGCCAGGUUCUGGAAGAGUUGCGACAAAUCGUCAAUCAAGGAGAUCCCCUCUCAAAAUAUGAGAUAAAGAGACAGAUUGGCAUUGGUGCCUCCGGAACAGUGUACGUUGCUAAUUGCAAGGAUACUAAUGAUGUGGUGGCUGUCAAACGAAUGGCAUUCAAAACUCAACCGAAGAAAGAAAUGUUACUUACUGAGAUAAAAGUAAUGAAACAAUUCCGCCAUCCGAACGUUGUAAAUUACAUCGAAUCGUACCUUGUCGAUGCCGAUGACUUAUGGGUAGUGAUGGAUUAUUUAGAAGGAGGAAAUCUUACCGAUGUUGUGGUAAAGACAGAAUUAGACGAAGGACAGAUUGCAGCUGUCCUAAAAGAGUGUGUCAAGGCCCUUCACUUUUUGCACAGUCAUUCAAUCGUACAUCGUGAUAUUAAAAGCGACAAUGUGUUACUAGGAAUGGAUGGACAAGUGAAGUUAACCGAUAUGGGAUUCUGUGCUCAGAUUCAGCCGGGUUCGAAGAGGGACACUGUAGUAGGAACACCGUAUUGGAUGUCACCUGAGAUACUAAAUAAGAAGCGGUACAAUUACAAGGUGGAUAUAUGGUCGCUUGGCAUAAUGGCACUAGAAAUGAUCGAUGGAGAGCCUCCUUAUCUGCAUGAGACACCAUUGAAGGCCAUAUACUUGAUUGCCCAAAAUGGAAAGCCAGAAAUAAAGCGAAGAGAUCAAUUGUCUCCGGAUUUCCUCAACUUCUUGGAUCGAUGUCUCGUUGUGGAUCCUGAGGACAGGGCGGAUGCUGAGGAGCUUUUACAACAUCCGUUCCUAGCUAGGGCAAAACCGCUUAGCAGCCUUAUACCAUACAUCAAAGCAGUGAAGGAGCUCAAGGAGAAGGAAAAACUCAGUCAUAAAUAAAGCGGGUAGGAUGUGUGCUUUCUGUUUUUGAUGUUAUCUCUCGUUAUAUCCUAUUUUGUCCGCUCUAUCCACCCGCGCUCUGUACUACUGCUAUAUCAACUCUCGUUCUUUCGUUAUGUAACAGCUGUGUAUCGCAUUCCACUACUUACGUUUACUUGCGCAUAAUUUUGCUGGAUUUAUAAUGUAUUUUGAUAUCUUUGCACGUUUGCUGCUGCUGGUGAAUCCGAUUGUUUUUCUGCACGUCUAUAUCAUUAAUCGUACAGGUGUACCUGUGCAUACUGGAGUGUUUGACCUUGAUGCAUGUGCUCCUUAUUUUUUCCUUUGCUUCCGGUAUCUUAUCAAAUCGUUAUUGUCGCUUUUCUCAAAACGGUUCAGAGAGUCCAACACACUCGUUGUUAGGGCGUGCUAUUUUCAUUGCAUUUUGUGGCAAACACGCGCACAAUACUUUUCGCGAGCCCUACACAGAUUUAUGAUGUUGUUGUAUGUAGUAAGUGAUUUUGCGCUUUGUUUACUACUUUCCUUGCCGUUGUAUGUGGUUGUACUACGGUCAUAUUCAUGUCGCUUGCUGAAAAACAUUAUUUUGUCUUGAAUCCAACUAAUGCUCAUUGUAAGGCAUUUCCUGUAGAAAUUAUUAAUUAUUUGGUUUUUCUGAAGAUAAAUCUUUCCCAGUGAAGA